AGAUUUUAUGACCUAGUAUGCCAAAGGAAAACGUUAACAACGGAAUCAAUCAUCAGAGCCUUUGACUUAUCACUCCAAUGGAGACACACAGGAGAAAAGUACCUGUUGGAAUAAGACCUGCUGCUGGGCAUGUACCCUCGACAGUGUUUAAUAAAUCAAGUAUUCGUGAAGCAAAUGGCAAUGGGUACAGCAACGACAAUUCAAUCUACAUUGAUGAGCGGAAGUCUCAAAGGAGAGCCCAGAAUCAGCUGAGGCACGAAGAAAAGAUGAGGGAUCUUGAAAUGUUGAACAAUUACAAUCCUUGGGGAAAACCAGGUGGCGGAGCUCCACGAAAUUCUGGACCUCAUAUGAUGAAGUUAGACAAAUCUUUGAACGAUUCGGACAAAGCUAACGGCUCCCUUGUGGAGUACCUGAGUAGGCCAGGUGGAGGUGCCCCCCUCCGGACAGAGAGUGGUAAUCCUAUUGGUGUGGUACAUGUACAUCCUGAUAUCCGUAAUACGCGCGAGCACCUCAACGAAGAGGCUAAGAAGAAGAAGAAUGUUGUUAAUGGUGUUGCUGUCCCCCCUCCAUGUGAUCAUGAUGAGCCGAGAUUCCAUAAAGCCCAGCUGCUUGGAGGUAGAGAGAAGACAAGUGAAAAUGUAAAGAACAACUUGAAAGAGCGUUUGAGCAAACAAGUGGACGAAAAGCGGGCUUCCAUGCAGAUCGAGAAAGAUGAUGGAAACACACAGGAUGCAGAUUGGUUGCACGGUAAAGUGGGGUUCAUACAACGAAACAGUUCUGGUAAGAUAAUGAGAUCUGAACCACUGCCGAUGAGGGGAGCAGAUGGGAUCAGAGAGUACUAUGAUGACAUUGGAGAUAGGGGUUUAGUUGAGAUGCUAGGCAAGCCAGGACCGGGGGUAGCUGUACGUACCGAGAGUGGUCAAGUUUAUUCCCAACCUCGUGGUAUGCCCCGAAACUUCGACGACCCCUUCAGGCCGGGCCAGAACAAAUCUCCUGUUAACCAGGUAUUUCCAGUGGAUAUAGAACAUGAAGCAAAGGAACGAGCCUGGAAACGGCACCCAGCCCAACCUCCUCACUUUAACAAGCAUUCGAUUGAGAACGGAUAUUACAUCGACCCUGACAAGCAAUCAAGUGCUGUAGCUACCACAAACGGAUAUGAAAAAGACAAACCAAUUGGGACAGUCUACUCGGCGGUGUUACGAACUAAAGGAAAUUACCUUGAGGACCUAAAAAGUCAGAUAUCAGAGAAGCAGGUUGUGAAAGAGAGGGAGAGGAGACAGUCCCUAGACCAGGACUAUCAACACAUCAAGAGCUCUGAUAUCUUCGGCAGACCAGGGAACGGUGCCCCAAGGCUGCAAGAUGGAUCUCUAAGAACCGCAAGAAACAAACUGGACGAGCUGGAGACUGUGAGUGAUGGUAUCAGACACCCUGGAGCAUUCCGUGGACUACAUUAGUUCCACAUCCCUGCUCACAUUCCACCCCCACAUUCCACAACCCACAUGGCACAUUCCCAUCCCUCGUCAUAUUCCUUAACUGUUGUAGUGUUGUUGAGCUACAUACUCAUGCAGAGUACUGAUAUUUUAGUUUCCUUCAGAGAUUUUACUAAGAAAAAGCUUCACCAGUGACCAGUAUUACCUGUAACCAUGUUUAUAAAUAGACUUUGUCAGAUAUUUGUGAUUCUUUCAGUAGAUCUUGUUUACAUUAGAUGUUUUAUGUUGCUACAAACUUUUAGUUUUAAAGAUAAUUAUCAGCUAUUUAAAUUAAAUAUCAGUUAUUGUUUCAGAGUUGCCAAAUUGAGAUCAGAUUAUGAGAAUUGAGAAAGUUGUUAGGAAAAUUAUUGGAAAUGUCAGGUCUGUCCUAGUUUGUAGCUCAGAUAAUAUUAUUUGUGAUUGUAUAUAGAAUGACUUGUACAGUAAAUUUUAGCGUAAAGAUAUAAA